AAGAACCACGGCCCACGCCUCGGGCUGCUGCUGCGCACCUGGAUCUCCCGGGCCCGCCAGCAGACAUUCAUCUUCACCGAUGGGGACGACCCCGAGCUACAGCUCCAGGGCGGCAGCCACGUGAUCAAUACCAACUGCUCAGCCGUGCACACCCGUCAGGCGCUAUGCUGCAAGAUGUCAGUGGAGUAUGACAAGUUCAUCGAGUCCGGACGCAAGUGGUUCUGCCACGUGGAUGACGACAACUAUGUGAACCCCAGAGGCCUGCUGCAGCUGCUGUCCACCUUCUCGCCCAGCCAGGAUGUCUACCUGGGGCGGCCCAGCCUCGACCACCCGAUCGAGGCCGCCGAGAGGGUCCAGGGAGGCGGAACUGUGACAACCGUCAAGUUCUGGUUUGCUACUGGUGGGGCCGGGUUUUGCCUGAGCAGAGGCCUCGCUCUUAAGAUGAGCCCCUGGGCCAGCCUAGGCAGCUUCAUGAGCACGGCCGAACGGGUGCGGCUGCCGGACGACUGCACGGUGGGCUACAUCGUGGAGGGGCUCCUGGGCGCUCGCCUGCUGCCCAGCUCACUCUUCCACUCCCACCUGGAGAACCUGCAGAGGCUGCCGCCUGACACCGUGCUACAGCAGGUCACCUUGAGCUACGGGGGUCCUGACAACCCACGUAACGUGGUGAACGUGGCGGGAGGCUUCAGUCUGCAGCAGGACCCCACUCGGUUUAAGUCUGUCCACUGCCUUCUCUACCCGGACACGGAUUGGUGUCCUGUGCACAAGCAGAGUGACCUCGUCUCUCGGUGACCCUCGAUUCCCAGCCCAGGAAGCGGGAGCUUUCCCAACCCCUCCUGGCCUUGGCUCCCUCAGGGCCACAGCCACAUGGGGGCACCCUGAAGGCCUCCCCUGGAGCCCCUGGCGGGCCAGAGGACCCAGGGGCCCAGGCUGUACCCCGUGCGGGCUGCUCCAGAAAAUGGGAAGGGGAGACACUGCCCCUCCUCCCUGCCCUCCUCCCCCUGCUGGAGAGGGGGUUCCAGGCUGAGUGGGCUCCAGGCCAGGGUCACCUGCGCACCAGUCAUCUGACCACAGGCGAGCGCAGGGGCUUUCCCUGCAGGUCUCUGGGGGGAGCACCGCCCGAACACCAGGCGUGGUGGCCUCGGGGUGGCUGCAGUGAGGCUCCAGCCGAGCUGGGGCAUCUGACCCACCGCCCCUUAGUACUUUUCCGACCCCGCCCCCCCAAGUCCAGAAAGCAGCAGGAGCCUCUUGUUUGGGGCUCUGUCUUCCCAGCAGGUGGCCGCCCGACUGUGCCUUUCCCCGGAGGGGAGCGUGGAACUAGGAGCCAGCACCUCCAUUCUGGCCCUUGCUGCGCUGUUGCCAUAAGUGAAUAAAGGCUUGAUUCUCACUUUC